AUGGCAAAACUUACACUAUUGGCAUGUUUGGGAGUUCUGUUUACGUUUCAGAUGGUGGCCUCCACCAAGCUGGUGUGUUACAUGACAAACUGGUCGCAGUACAGGCCAGGGGCUGGAAAGUUCACUCCUGAGAAUGUGGACCCAUUCCUCUGCACACAUGUCAUCUAUGCUCUUGCUACUAUCAAAGACAACAAGCUCACACCCAUGCAGUGGAGUGAUGAGGCUAUGUACAAGAGACUGAAUGACUUAAAAAAUGUCAAUCCCCUGCUGAAAACUUUGCUGUCAGUUGGAGGUGUGUUUAAUGGUUUCAGUCCAUUUAUUGGCAUGGUCUCUACACCAGAAAAUCGCCAGACAUUCAUCCGAUCAGCUCUCCCAUUCUUACGUACACAUGGCUUUGACGGAAUCGAUCUGGCUUGGGAGUUCCCAGGGCAGAGUGGUAGCCCAGCAGAUGACAAGCAGAAGUUCACUGCACUGGUCAAUGAACUGAAAGAAGCCAUUGAGCAGGAGGCCAGAGACAACCGGAAAACUCCACUGCUUUUUUCUGCCAAAGUGAGCUCUCUAAGGACCAUAAUUGAUAAUGCCUAUGAAGUUCCUGAAAUUGCAAGACAGUUGGACUUCAUGAACCUCAUGACUUAUGACUACCAUGGCUCCUGGGAUGAUGCAACAGGAGAGAACAGCCCACUCUUCAAGAGUUCAUUUGAUAGGGGAGCAAACACCUACCGCAACAUUAAUGCCACAGUGAGAUAUUGGGUUCAGAAGGGAGCUCCAGCAGAAAAACUUCUCCUGGGUUUCCCCACAUAUGGGCAAACAUUCCACCUUACAACUCUUGCGUCAGGUCUUUAUGCUCCAUCCAGAGGCCCAGCUCCUGCUGGACCUUACACCCGUGAUGCUGGCUACUGGUCCUACUAUGAGAUCUGCUCCUUCCUAUCAGGUGCAGGCAGGGCAUGGGUUGAGCAGCAAAAGGUACCAUAUGCUGUCAAGGGGAAGUCCUGGGUGGGCUAUGACAAUAAGAGGAGCUUUGGUGAUAAGGCUUCAUGGCUCAGAUCAAUGAACUUGGGAGGAGCAUCAGUCUGGACAUUGGAUUUGGAUGAUUUUAGCGGGUCUUUUUGUGCAGAUGGCCGCUACCCACUUGUUAAUCACUUGCGUAGUUCAUUGAGUAACACAACACCAGAAGUUCCGGACAAAGGACCAGCUCCUGACACAGCACCAAACCACAUUGCUUCAUUCUGCUCUCGUAGAAGUAAUGGAACGUACCCUAACCCCAUGGACAGGGCUACUUUCUACCAGUGUUCCAAUGGUUACACUUACAUUCAACGCUGUCAACCUGGUCUGGUCUAUGACACCUCAUGUAAGUGCUGCAACUGGCCAGAAGUUCCAAGCACAGAACCAGAAGUUCCAAGCACAAUAUCAGAAGUCCCAGAUAAAGGACCAGCUCCUCACACGCCACCAAACCACAUUGCUUCAUUCUGCUCUCGUAGAAGUAAUGGAACGUACCCUAACCCCAUGGACAGGGCUACUUUCUACCAGUGUUCCAAUGGUUACACCUACAUUCAACGCUGUCAACCUGGUCUGGUCUAUGACACCUCAUGUAAGUGCUGCAACUGGCCAGAAGUUCCAAGCAAAAAACCAGAAGUUCCAAACACAAUACCAGAAGUCCCAGACAAAGGACCAGCUCCUGACACACCACCAAACCACAUUGCUUCAUUCUGCUCUCAUAGAAAUAACGGAACAUACCCUAACCCCAUGGACAGGACUACUUUCUACCAGUGUUCCAAUGGUUACACCUACAUUCAACGCUGUCAACCUGGUCUGGUCUAUGACACCUCAUGUAAGUGCUGCAACUGGCCAGAAGUUCCAAGCACAACACCAGAAGUUUCAGACAAAGGACCAGCUCCUCACACGCCACCAAACCACAUUGCUUCAUUCUGCUCUCGUAGAAGUAAUGGAACGUACCCUAACCCCAUGGACAGGACUACUUUCUACCAGUGUUCCAAUGGUUACACCUACAUUCAACGCUGUCAACCUGGUCUGGUCUAUGACACCUCAUGUAAGUGCUGCAAUUGGCCAGAAGUUCCAAGCACAAUACCAGAAGUCCCAGACAAAGGAUCAGCUCCUGACUUGACACCAAACCACAUUGCUUCAUUCUGCUCUCGUAGAAGUAAUGGAACGUACCCUAACCCCAUGGACAGGACUACUUUCUACCAGUGUUCCAAUGGUUACACCUACAUUCAACGCUGUCAACCUGGUCUGGUCUAUGACACCUCAUGUAAGUGCUGCAAUUGGCCAGAAGUUCCAAGCACAAUACCAGAAGUCCCAGACAAAGGAUCAGCUCCUGACAUGACACCAAACCACAUUGCUUCAUUCUGCUCUCGUAGAAGUAAUGGAACGUACCCUAACCCCAUGGACAGGACUACUUUCUACCAGUGUUCCAAUGGUUACACCUACAUUCAACGCUGUCAACCUGGUCUGGUCUAUGACACCUCAUGUAAGUGCUGCAAUUGGCCAGAAGUUCCAAGCACAAUACCAGAAGUUCCAAGCACAAUACCAGAAGUCCCAGAUAAAGGACCAGCUCCUCACACGCCACCAAACCACAUUGCUUCAUUCUGCUCUCGUAGAAGUAAUGGAACGUACCCUAACCCCAUGGACAGGACUACUUUCUACCAGUGUUCCAAUGGUUACACUUACAUUCAACGCUGUCAACCUGGUCUGAUCUAUGACACCUCAUGUAAGUGCUGCAACUGGCCAGAAGUUCCAAGCACAACACCAGAAGUUUCAGACAAAGGACCAGCUCCUCACACGCCACCAAACCACAUUGCUUCAUUCUGCUCUCGUAGAAGUAACGGAACGUACCCUAACCCCAUGGACAGGGCUACUUUCUACCAGUGUUCCAAUGGUUACACUUACAUUCAACGCUGUCAACCUGGUCUGGUCUAUGACACCUCAUGUAAGUGCUGCAACUGGCCAGAAGUUCCAAGCACAGAACCAGAAGUUCCAAGCACAAUACCAGAAGUCCCAGAUGAAGGACCAGCUCCUCACAUGCCACCAAACCACAUUGCUUCAUUCUGCACUCGUAGAAGUAAUGGAACGUACCCUAACCCCAUGGACAGGGCUACUUUCUACCAGUGUUCCAAUGGUUACACCUACAUUCAACGCUGUCAACCUGGUCUGGUCUAUGACACCUCAUGUAAGUGCUGCAAUUGGCCAGAAGUUCCAAGCACAAUACCAGAAGUUCCAAGCACAAUACCAGAAGUCCCAGACAAAGGAUCAGCUCCUGACAUGACACCAAACCACAUUGCUUCAUUCUGCUCUCGUAGAAGUAACGGAACGUACCCUAACCCCAUGGACAGGGCUACUUUCUACCAGUGUUCCAAUGGUUACACCUACAUUCAACGCUGUCAACCUGGUCUGGUCUAUGACACCUCAUGUAAGUGCUGCAAUUGGCCAGAAGUUCCAAGCACAAUACCAGAAGUUCCAAGCACAAUACCAGAAAUCCCAGACAAAGGAUCAGCUCCUGACAUGACACCAAACCACAUUGCUUCAUUCUGCUCUCGUAGAAGUAACGGAACAUACCCUAACCCCAUGGACAGGGCUACUUUCUACCAGUGUUCCAAUGGUUACACUUACAUUCAACGCUGUCAACCUGGUCUGGUCUAUGACACCUCAUGUAAGUGCUGCAACUGGCCAGAAGUUCCAAGCACAGAACCAGAAGUUCCAAGCACAAUACCAGAAGUCCCAGAUAAAGGACCAGCUCCUCACACGCCACCAAGCCACAUUGCUUCAUUCUGCUCUCGUAGAAGUAAUGGAACGUACCCUAACCCCAUGGACAGGACUACUUUCUACCAGUGUUCCAAUGGUUACACCUACAUUCAACGCUGUCAACCUGGUCUGGUCUAUGACACUUCAUGUAAGUGCUGCAAUUGGCCAGAAGUUCCAAGCACAAUACCAGAAGUUCCAAGCACAAUACCAGAAGUCCCAGACAAAGGACCAGCUCCUGACAUGCCACCAAACCACAUUGCUUCAUUCUGCUCUCGUAGAAGUAACGGAACGUACCCUAACGCCAUGGACAGGACUACUUUCUACCAGUGUUCCAAUGGUUACACCUACAUUCAACGCUGUCAACCUGGUCUGGUCUAUGACACCUCAUGUAAGUGCUGCAAUUGGCCAGAAGUUCCAAGCACAAUACCAGAAGUUCCAAGCACAAUACCAGAAAUCCCAGACAAAGGAUCAGCUCCUGACAUGACACCAAACCACAUUGCUUCAUUCUGCUCUCGUAGAAGUAAUGGAACGUACCCUAACCCCAUGGACAGGACUACUUUCUACCAGUGUUCCAAUGGUUACACCUACAUUCAACGCUGUCAACCUGGUCUGGUCUAUGACACCUCAUGUAAGUGCUGCAAUUGGCCAGAAGUUCCAAGCACAAUACCAGAAGUUCCAAGCACAAUACCAGAAGUCCCAGACAAAGGAUCAGCUCCUGACAUGACACCAAACCACAUUGCUUCAUUCUGCUCUCGUAGAAGUAAUGGAACGUACCCUAACCCCAUGGACAGGGCUACUUUCUACCAGUGUUCCAAUGGUUACACUUACAUUGAACGCUGUCAACCUGGUCUGGUCUAUGACACCUCAUGUAAGUGCUGCAACUGGCCAGAAGUUCCAAGCACAACACCAGAAGUUUCAGACAAAGGACCAGCUCCUCACACGCCACCAAACCACAUUGCUUCAUUCUGCUCUCGUAGAAGUAACGGAACAUACCCUAACCCCAUGGACAGGGCUACUUUCUAUCAGUGUUCCAAUGGUUACACUUACAUUCAACGCUGUCAACCUGGUCUGGUCUAUGACACCUCAUGUAAGUGCUGCACCUGGCCAGAAGUUCCAAGCACAACACCAGAAGUUCCAGACAAAGGACCAGCUCCUCACACAGCACCAAACCACACUGCUUCAUUCUGCUCUCGUAGAAGUAACGGAACGUACCCUAACCCCAUGGACAGGACUACUUUCUACCAGUGUUCCAAUGGUUACACCUACAUUCAACGCUGUCAACCUGGUCUGGUCUAUGACACCUCAUGUAAGUGCUGCAACUGGCCAGAAGUUCCAAGCACAACACCAGAAGCUCCAGACAAAGGACCAGCUCCUGACACACCACCAAACCACAUUGCUUCAUUCUGCUCUCGUAGAAGUAACGGAACAUACCCUAACCCCAUGGACAGGGCUACUUUCUACCAGUGUUCCAAUGGUUACACCUACAUUCAACGCUGUCAACCUGGUCUGGUCUAUGACACCUCAUGUAAGUGCUGCAACUGGCCAGAAGUACCAAGCACAACACCAGAAGUUUCAGACAAAGGACCAGCUCCUCACACACCACCAAACCACAUUGCUUCAUUCUGCUCUCGUAGAAGUAAUGGAACGUACCCUAACCCCAUGGACAGGGCUACUUUCUACCAGUGUUCCAAUGGUUACACCUACAUUCAACGCUGUCAACCUGGUCUGGUCUAUGACACCUCAUGUAAGUGCUGCAACUGGCCAGAAGUUCCAAGCACAACACCAGAAGCUCCAGACAAAGGACCAGCUCCUGACACACCACCAAACCACAUUGCUUCAUUCUGCUCUCGUAGAAGUAACGGAACAUACCCUAACCCCAUGGACAGGGCUACUUUCUACCAGUGUUCUAAUGGUUACACCUACAUUCAACGCUGUCAACCUGGUCUGGUCUAUGACACCUCAUGUAAGUGCUGCAACUGGCCAGAAGUACCAAGCACAACACCAGAAGUUUCAGACAAAGGACCAGCUCCUCACACACCACCAAACCACAUUGCUUCAUUCUGCUCUCGUAGAAGUAAUGGAACGUACCCUAACCCCAUGGACAGGGCUACUUUCUACCAGUGUUCCAAUGGUUACACCUACAUUCAACGCUGUCAACCUGGUCUGGUCUAUGACACCUCAUGUAAGUGCUGCAACUGGCCAGAAGUUCCAAGCACAACACCAGAAGUCCCAGACAAAGGACCAGCUCCUGACACACCACCAAACCACAUUGCUUCAUUCUGCUCUCGUAGAAGUAAUGGAACGUACCCUAACCCCAUGGACAGGGCUACUUUCUACCAGUGUUCCAAUGGUUACACCUACAUUCAACGCUGUCAACCUGGUCUGGUCUAUGACACCUCAUGUAAGUGCUGCAACUGGCCAGAAGUUCCAAGCACAAUACCAGAAGUUCCAAGCACAAUACCAGAAGUCCCAGACAAAGGACCAGCUCCUGACAUGCCACCAAACCACAUUGCUUCAUUCUGCUCUCGUAGAAGUAACGGAACGUACCCUAACCCCAUGGACAGGGCUACUUUCUACCAGUGUUCCAAUGGUUACACUUACAUUCAGCGCUGUCAACCUGGUCUGGUCUAUGACACCUCAUGUAAGUGCUGCAACUGGCCAGAAGUUCCAAGCACAAUACCAGAAGUUCCAUGCAAAAUACUAGAAGCCCCACACAAAAGACCAGCUCCUGACAUGCCACCAAACCACACUGCUUCAUUCUGCUCUCGUAAAAGUAAUGGAACGAUGGCAAAACUUACACUACUGGCAUGUUUGGGAGUUCUGUUUACGUUUCAGAUGGUGGCCUCCACCAAGCUGGUGUGUUACAUGACAAACUGGUCGCAGUACAGGCCAGGGGCUGGAAAGUUCACUCCUGAGAAUGUGGACCCAUUCCUCUGCACACAUGUCAUCUAUGCUCUUGCUACUAUCAAAGACAACAAGCUCACACCCAUGCAGUGGAGUGAUGAGGCUAUGUACAAGAGACUGAAUGACUUAAAAAAUGUCAAUCCCCUGCUGAAAACUUUGCUGUCAGUUGGAGGUGUGUUUAAUGGUUUCAGUCCAUUUAUUGGCAUGGUCUCUACACCAGAAAAUCGCCAGACAUUCAUCCGAUCAGCUCUCCCAUUCUUACGUACACAUGGCUUUGACGGAAUCGAUCUGGCUUGGGAGUUCCCAGGGCAGAGUGGUAGCCCAGCAGAUGACAAGCAGAAGUUCACUGCACUGGUCAAUGAACUGAAAGAAGCCAUUGAGCAGGAGGCCAGAGACAACCAGAAAACUCCACUGCUUUUUUCUGCCAAAGUGAGCUCUCUAAGGACCAUAAUUGAUAAUGCCUAUGAAGUUCCUGAAAUUGCAAGACAGUUGGACUUCAUGAACCUCAUGACUUAUGACUACCAUGGCUCCUGGGAUGAUGCAACAGGAGAGAACAGCCCACUCUUCAAGAGCUCAUUUGAUAAGGGAACAAACACCUACCGCAACAUUGAUGCCACAGUGAGAUAUUGGGUUCAGAAGGGAGCUCCAGCAGAAAAACUUCUCCUGGGUUUCCCCACAUAUGGGCGAACAUUCCACCUUACAACUCUUGCGUCAGGUCUUUAUGCUCCAUCCAAGGGCCCAGCUCCUGCUGGACCUUACACCCGUGAUGCUGGCUACUGGUCCUACUAUGAGAUCUGCUCCUUCCUAUCAGGUGCAGGCAGGGCAUGGGUUGAGCAGCAAAAGGUACCAUAUGCUGUCAAGGGGAAGUCCUGGGUGGGCUAUGACAAUAAGAGGAGCUUUGGUGAUAAGGCGUCAUGGCUCAGAUCAAUGAACUUGGGAGGAGCAUCAGUCUGGACCUUGGAUUUGGAUGAUUUCAGCGGGUCUUUUUGUGCAGAUGGCCGCUACCCACUUGUUAAUCACUUGCGUAGUUCACUGAAAUUCCCUCCCAAGCCAAUCACUCCAGAAGUGCCACACAGAACACCAGCUCCUAUCACAACACCGGAGCACAUUGCUUCAUUCUGCUCUCAUAGAAGUAAUGGACUGUAUGCUAACCCCAUGGACAAAGCUACUUUCUACCACUGUUACGAUGGUUACACCUACAUUCAACGUUGUCAACCUGGUCUGGUCUAUUACGAUUCUUGUAAGUGCUGCAACUGGCCAGAUGCUCCUCACAAAACACCAGAAGUUCCAAACACAAAACCAGAAGUGCCACACAGAACACCUGCUCCUAUCACAACACCAAAGCACAUUGCUUCAUACUGCUCUCAGAGAAGUAAUGGACUGUACGCUAACCCCAUGGACAAGGCUACUUUCUACCACUGUUACGAUGGUUACACCUACAUUCAACGUUGUCAACCUGGUCUGGUCUAUUACGAGUCUUGUAAGUGCUGCAACUGGCCAGACGCUCCUCACAAAACACCAGAAGUUCCAAACACAAAACCGGAAGUGCCACACAGAACACCAGCUCCUAUCACAACACCAAAGCACAUUGCUUCAUACUGCUCUCAGAGAAGUAAUGGACUGUACGCUAACUCCAUGGACAAGGCUACUUUCUACCUCUGUUACGAUGGUUACACCUACAUUCAACGUUGUCAACCUGGUCUGGUCUAUGACGAGUCUUGUAAGUGCUGCAACUGGCCAGACGCUCCUCACAAAACACCAGAAGUUCCAAACACAAAACCGGAAGUGCCACACAGAACACCAGCUCCUAUCACAACACCAAAGCACAUUGCUUCAUACUGCUCUCAGAGAAGUAAUGGACUGUACGCUAACUCCAUGGACAAGGCUACUUUCUACCUCUGUUACGAUGGUUACACCUACAUUCAACGUUGUCAACCUGGUCUGGUCUAUGACGAUUCUUGUAAGUGCUGCAACUGGCCAGACGCUCCUCACAAAACACCAGAAGUUCCAGACACAAAACCGGAAGUGCCACACAGAACACCUGCUCCUAUCACAACACCAAAGCACAUUGCUUCAUACUGCUCUCAGAGAAGUAAUGGACUGUACGCUAACUCCAUGGACAAGGCUACUUUCUACCUCUGUUACGAUGGUUACACCUACAUUCAACGUUGUCAACCUGGUCUGGUCUAUGACGAGUCUUGUAAGUGCUGCAACUGGCCAGAUGCUCCUCACAAAACACCAGAAGUUCCAGACACAAAACCAGAAGUGCCACACAGAACACCAGCUCCUAUCACAACACCAAAGCACAUUGCUUCAUACUGCUCUCAGAGAAGUAAUGGACUGUACACUAACCCCAUGGACAAGGCUACUUUCUACCUCUGUUACGAUGGUUACACCUACAUUCAACGUUGUCAACCUGGUCUGGUUUAUGACGAUUCUUGGGGUCAAACAGACAUCACAGUCAACUAA